AUGUCCAACUUGUUGUUGAAAAUUCCAGCGGCGCAAAUUCCUGCCGCCGCUCCCAACCCCUCCUCCGCCGCCGCCAAGUCCCUGCCGCGCCUGCAGCAUCCUCAGCUGUUCCCCAGCCUGCAGCCGCUGGUCAUCGUCGGGAGGCGGGUGCCAAGUCUAUCCAUUUCGUGCUCCUGUUCUUCUUCUUCGUCGUCGUCUUCUUCGAUUAUUGACGGCGGGGGCGAUGUGGCGCUGCUGGAGCGGUGUUUUGUGGCUCCGCCUGCUCCCGUGGAGAAGGGUUUGGGUUCGAGCUCUGGAGGGGAGUUCGGCCCGGUUAUGAAGGGGAAGUUUGGCUCUCUUGGCGCUGUAACUCUGGAGAAAGGGAAGCUUGAUCUUUCCCAGAAGCAAUCCCAGUCAGCUCCUGAGGUUGCGCUUGGGGGAGGUGGCGGGGAUAGUGGUAAAAAAAUCAAUAACGGUGGUGGAGACGGAGGUGAUGAUGAUGGUGAUGAUGAUGACUACUUCGAUGACUUUGAUGAUGGCGAUGAGGGUGAUGAAGGUGGACUCUUCAGAAGGAGGAAAAUCUUUGAAGAGCUUUUUGAUAAAAAGUUUGUAGAUGCUGUGUUGAAUGAGUGGCAGAAAACCAUGAUGGAUUUGCCUGCUGGAUUCCGACAAGCUUAUGAAAUGGGCUUGGUGAGCUCAGCUCAAAUGGUAAAAUUCCUUGCAAUAAAUGCCAGGCCAACCACCACUAGAUUCAUUUCAAGAUCGCUUCCUCAAGCAAUUUCAAGGGCGUUUAUUGGAAGGAUGCUUGCAGAUCCUGCCUUCCUUUACAAGCUUCUCUUAGAGCAGUUUGCAACACUUGGUUGCUCUGUGUGGUGGGAGUUUAAGAAUCGCGGAGACAGGAUAAAGCAAGAAUGGGACCUGGCCCUUGUAAAUGUAUUGACUGUGACAGCAUGCAAUGCCUUUGUGGUUUGGUCGCUUGCCCCUUGUCGUUCAUAUGGAAACACAUUCCGGUUCGAUCUACAGAACACACUACAGAAGCUUCCAAACAAUAUAUUUGAGAAGAGCUACCCACUCAGAGAAUUCGACUUGCAGAAACGAAUCCACUCAUUCUUCUUCAAGGCUGCAGAAUUAUGCAUGGUGGGUUUAGCAGCAGGAGCAGCUCAAGGUUCAUUGUCAAAUGCUUUAGCCUCUAAGAAAAAGGACAGGGUGUCUGUGACAGUCCCACCAGUGAGUACAUAUGCGCUGGGUUAUGGUGCUUUCCUUGGGCUUUACGGAAAUGUGAGAUACCAGCUGUUAUGUGGGUUUGAUAGAGCGGUGGUCAAUCACUUUGAUGUCAUCGGACUAGCCUUGUUUCUGGGCACAGCUCUGAGGAUAAUGAAUGACCAAGCAGGGGAAGUGUCAAGGCUAGCCUGGCUAGGGGUGGAGGUAGAUCCUCUUGCUCAGUCAGAGAACCUUCUGAAGGCGUACAACAGGCCAACAACAUCAGAGGAUCUUGAUGCAGCAUCAUCAUCCUCAAAGUGGUUCAUCUCAAAGAAGGCCUUAGUUUCAGGGCUGGGCCUCCUCGGCAUCAAACAAGGUAAUGCAGAGUCUAGUGGCAGCGAGUCAGCAGCUAAGCCCCGCAGGAAGAGAGUAGUCCGGAAAAAGGUGCCUGCUGGUUCAGCAUAA